CAGCCCGUCAUGGCGGCGGUGGAGGAGCUGUUCCUGGGCUUCGACCUCAGCACCCAGCAGUUCAAAGUGGUCUGCAUCGAUGCGGGUCAGAACCUCGUCCACCAGAACCAAGUCCAGUUUGACGUGGAGCUGCCCGAGUUCAGGACGCAGGGGGGAGUCCACGUGCGCGCCGAUGGCCUGACCGUGACGUCACCCGUGCUCAUGUGGAUAAAGGCUCUGGACCUCCUGCUGGACAAAAUGAAGGCGGCUGGCUUCCAGUUCUCGCGUGUGCGCGCGCUGUCAGGGUGCGGCCAGCAACACGGCAGCGUGUACUGGAGGAGAGGCUCCGCCCACAAGCUGAGACAGCUGGACCCAGAGCUGAGCCUGCACCUGCAGCUCCAGGACUGCUUCUCCGUGUCCGACUGCCCGGUGUGGAUGGACAGCAGCACCGGGGCCGAGUGCCAGCGCCUGGAGGCCCAGGUGGGCGGGGCCCACCGGCUGGCCUGCAUCACUGGCUCAAGAGCUUAUGAGCGCUUCACUGGAAACCAGAUUGCCAAGCUUGCCCGGGAUCAGGUCCAGGCCUUCCAGAACACGGAGAGGAUCUCGCUGGUCAGCAGCUUCGCCGCCUCACUCUUCCUGGGGGAUUUUGCUGCCAUCGACUGGAGCGACGGGUCGGGAAUGAACCUGCUGGACAUCAGAGCCAGGGCUUGGUCCGAGACCUGCAUGGAUGCCACCGCACCACAUCUGGAUGCCCUGCUGGGGGUGCCGUGCCACCCCGUGACCGUCCUGGGCUCCAUCUCCUCCUACUUGGUUCAGCGCUUUGGCUUCGGUGCAGACUGCAAGGUGGUGGCCUUCACCGGCGACAACCCCGCUUCUUUGGCGGGCAUGAUGCUCCAGAAGGGCGACGUCGCGGUGAGUCUGGGGACCAGUGACACCGUCUUCCUGUCCAUCGAGACUCCACAGGCAAAUCUGGACGGACACGUCUUCUGUAACCCGGUGGAGCCGGAGAGCUACAUGGCUCUGCUGUGCUUCAAGAACGCAUCUCUGACGAGGGAGCGCAUCAGGAACAAGUGCAGCGGCGCCUCCUGGGAGCUGUUCUCUGCCGCGCUGGAAGAGACGCUGCCUGGGAACCAUGGCCACAUUGGCUUCUACUUUGACAGCUGGGAGAUCACGCCACCGGCCGUCGGCGUCCACCUCUUUGACGCAGAAGAUCGUGAGGUGUCAUCGCUGAGCCCUCAGCUGGAGGUCCGGGCUCUGGUGGAGGGUCAGUUCCUGUCCAGACGACUGCAUGCAGAGAAACUGGGCUACUCCGGCACUGCAGGAAGCCGAGUCUGGGCCACCGGUGGAGGCUCGUCCAAUCCGGCCCUGCUGCAGGUUCUGGCAAACGUUUUCAAGGCGCCUGUCUACACCAUCGACGUGCCCAACUCUGCCUGUCUGGGCGCCGCCUACCGAGCUCUUCAUGGUGAACUGGGCCCGGACGUUUCCUUCUUCAGCGCGGUGAAGGACUGUCGCAAGCACCGGCUGAUGGCCACCCCGGACCCGGCCGCGUCGCAGGUCUACGACCGGAUGCUGCAGCGCUUGGCCCGGCUGGAGGAGCGCGUCCUGCUCAAGUCCCACCCCUCCGUGCCAUGAGACCCGCUGAUGUUGGGAUUGGUUUGUGGUCAAUAAAUGAGCCUAACUCUGCCACUGGUGGUGGUGGUGGGGCAGGCAGCAGGGGGCGCAGUGGAGUCACGCUCCAGGUUUGCUGACCAGCCGAAGGGUGGCCAGGCUGGCUGCCAGGACCC